AUGGCCCAGCAACCGCAGCAACCGCAGCAGCAACGCAGCCCAGACUCGCUGCAACCCGGCAACAUUCUGGUCGUUGUUCACGACUUUGAUGCCCGCGGCCCUGACGAGCUGACAUUACGCAAAGCCGAAAGAGUCGAACUAGUUGAAUUGGAUGAUGGUUUCGGAGAUGGCUGGUAUCUCGGACGUCACCUCACACGAGGUGCGACGGGCUUGUUUCCCGCCGGUAUGUCUUCAACGCCGAAAAAUGUCAACUUACCUAACAAAGCGCCAGUCUAUACCGCAAAAUUGCCGGCCAAUAUAGCAGCCAUGCAUUCACCUACCGCCCAAUCCUACGUGCAUUCGCCCAACGCAGUACCCCCCAUAGUCUCCGAUCCGAGCUCGUCCAACCAUGGCUUCGCUGAGGGCAAACAACAAGAAACAAGACCUCUGUCCGACUCAACUUAUGGGCAGACUGCUCCAGCACCCUUUACCCGCAAUUCUCUACCUCAGAACUCCUCAAGUUACAAUCCGAUGGUGCAGCGGAGCAUCGGUGAGACUCUCGGUGGAACUCACAAUGGGCAAGACAGCCCAGUCAUGAAUGAAACGCUAAGUGUGAUUGAUGAACACAUAACCGAUCUCAGCACUCCAAGACAAAGCCUGGGUCCGCCCCAACGCAUCACUGAAGAUUCGGAGAGCGAAUACAGCAGCCAUUUGGACCGCAUGUCGUUCUUGGCUGGUCCUGAGACGGACGAGGAGGACAAUGCUGGCUUGACCAAGGAGGAAGUCUCACAAUGGGACCACAAGCAGGUUGCCGCACAUCUUCGAUCGUUGGGCGUCGAUUCGCGGCACUGUGACAUCUUCGAAGAGCAGGAGAUCUCCGGCGACGUUCUAUUGGAAAUGGAUCAAUCGUUCAUCCAGAUGAAGGAAUUCGACUUCGGCGUCAUGGGUCGCAGGUUAAAAACCUGGCACAAGAUCAGGGACUUCCAACUCGAGGUAUCAGGCUCUCAGUCCUCGCGGCAGAACAGUAACACACCUCAACCUCCCCCGGACACUGCCGGCCGUACUGGAAGCCGUGUGUUGUCGGGGGGUGCUAUCCUGCCCCGUAUUCCGAGUCUCUCGGAAAGGCAGGGAUUGCAAGUCCGUCAGUCUCAGCAAAGUGCGGGACAGUUACCGUCCCCAACUCAGACUCAGCAAUCUCAAAACGGAGCUCGGACGAGUCAGGCAACAGGCACUCCGCCGUCAUCGUGGAGAGCGUCAACGGGGCCAGACAGUCCAAGUCGUCCUUCGGCUGCGCAGUUACGAGACACCAGCCACUCACGGCGCCAUUCCUCUAUCGACUUUGGCAAACCACCUGACCUCGAGCUAUCUUCGGCUUCCUUUGCUAGUACCACAUCCCCACAUAAGAAGCAACCGUCGUUCGACAGGCACUGGUCUGGCGCACCCCACACCCCAGCGAGCACCAACAUCACUAGUCCCUCUAUUCAUACUCAUACGCUUAAAAAGCAAGAAAGCUUAGAUAUGUCCUUGGAGUCUCCGCUGCUCACUGGUCCUCCCAAUCUGGACCUAGACAGGGGUUACUUCAGUGGCAACGAAGUGGACAAUCGCAAAUCCCGGAAUGUACUCAAGAAAAGAGAGAGCACUGGAAGUCCGGCUCAUUCGCGGCAGUCUUCUAUGCUUGACGAACCUCGACGAGCCACCACUGGGACAAAGCGACAUUCCCGUCUGAGCAGUGUAGACUCAAGUCGCGACCCUGCCAUGUCCUUUGCAUCUCCCGCAUCCAAGGCAUAUCACAGUAGUAGCUUCAAGGGCCGCUUUCGCUCCGCAAGUGCACGUGGUCCCAUGCUGAAGCAAGUAAGCUCCGGGCACUCGCCAACCGUCACAAACCUGGAAAACGAGCAAAUUACCGCUCUUCCAAGCGCAGAGGCCUCGCUUGCCUCGAAAAUGAACAUUCCGGCCAAAGCCCGUAAACUCAUGGGUCUGCGAGCCGCCUCGGAGGCUGUCACGGACACGGAAAAAGCCAGCGCAAGCUCUUCGCAAAACAUUUUACCCGAGUCCCUAGAGGACAGCCCCGUUGCAUCGCCCGCUGACGGCUCGCAAACUCCUUCAGCGACGUCACACAGCUUCGAUUUUGAGAACACGGACGCUUCCUCUAAAGCUGCAGAUCAAGCGCCAAGUGUGGGCCUCUCGACCAGGGCAUCGCAGCGGGCGAGGCCGAAGACGAAGCAGCAAACAUCCGCCUACACCAAAGGUCUUCUGAAGAUAACUCCCGAGGAGGCGCGUAAGCACUGUGACCACCAUGGGUGGAUGAAGAAGAAGUCAUCUACCUUAAUGACAACAUGGAAGCCUCGACUCUUUAUCUUACGCGGGCGCCGCUUGUCAUACUACUAUUCAGAGAAUGACACUGAAGAGCGUGGGAUCAUCGACAUUUCUGGCCACAAGGUCUUGGUUGCCAACUCCGAUCCGAUAACUACGCUCCAUGCGACCAUCACCGGCGCCAAAGGCUCGCCAUUUCCAAGCCCUAACUCUGGAGACACAAGUCCGACUACGCCAAAAACGCCGAAUCAGGCGUUCUUUUUUAAGCUCGUGCCACCAAAAGCGGGCAUGUCGCGAGCUGUACAAUUCACCAAGCCUACGAUCCACUACUUCCAAGUUGAUAGUACUGCGGAAGGGCGCAAGUGGAUGGGAGAGAUCAUGAAGGCUACUAUCAUGCACGAUCUCACGACAUAUGAGACAACAAACAAGCAGAAAACCAUAACUUUAGCCAAGGCUAAGGCGCGUAAGGAGAGGCCGCCAGGCUUGAAGGACGUCGACGAGAUGACCCUGCAAGAGGAUGACGAGGAGGACAACAAGGAAAACAAGGACAAGGAGAAUCCCGACAGCGGCCUCAAUAUUUCCGGGCUUGAGAUGCAGAGUUCUGCUCUGACCGAGACAAUCGAAGAGGAGAAAGAAGCGCUGUCAGAUGACCAGGCAGCGACACAGCCCGGGCAGCCGUCUACGGCUGUUAGUUGA